AUGGCCCCUAACACCGACUUCACUCGAGCUCAAGCUAUUCCUGCGGAUGCAACCUUUGACGCAAGCACACUGGCGGGCAAGAGUGUUGUUUUGACGGGCGGAGCAUCUGGUAUUGGAGAGCAAUAUCUACGAGCACUUGUAGCAGUCGGCGCCUUCGUCACCUUCGGCGAUAUUGCCAACGACCUUGGAACAAUACUCUCUUCUGAAUUCGAAGGCAAAGUUGCUUUCGUGCCUUGCGAUGUCUUGAAAUGGCGGGACCAACUUGCUCUGUUCAAGACAGCUUUGGAGAAGUCGCCGAGCAAGACAAUUGAUAUCGUGAUCGCGAAUGCUGGAGUAUCUGGGACCGACAGCGUCUUCGAACAAGCUGAAACUGAUGAUGGCGAACCAAUCGAACCGAACCUCGACAUCUUGCAGGUUAACCUUAUGGGAGUCGUCUAUACUGUCAAGCUUGCGCUUUUCUAUCUGCCUAAGCAGCGAACCGCGGGCAAUAGAGACAGAUGUAUCAUCUUGACCGGAAGCAUGGCUUCUUAUCUUGAUUACGCUGGUGGGCCGCAAUACAACGCGGCCAAAAUGGGACUGAGGGCUUUGAUGAAGAGCAUUCGGCAAUCAGGACCCUCGCAAGGGAUCCGUAUCAACAUGUUGGCCCCGUGGUUCGUAGCGACCCGUAUUCGGGCGCCGCAGGCUUCGGAGCAGCUCCUAAACGGUGGAGCUCCAUUCUGCGAAGGCGAGGACUGUGGUGCUGCACUUCUUCACUUGGCUUCUGAUCACUCGAUCAAUGGUCGUACCCUUGGCGUUGUGCCUCGAUCAAAUCACCCACGAGGAUAUUAUGAUCUCGAGCGAGACGACUGGAACGAAGACGACUAUAUGACUGCGUGGCAGAAUGCUGGCCGACCGAGAAAGCGAGUCGGAUCUUGA